AUGGACGAUCGGCUCAAUGUGACGUGGUAUUACUCCGGGGACAGUAAUGAAAAUGGUGUUAGUGGUGGUGAGUCCCUGCCCGGCGCCCCCAUCGAAGCCACCGUCUUCAAGCCGGAUUUCUUCCUAAUUCUGGCACGCCCUGUGCAGCGCGUUUCAGCGGAGACGGCGGCCGUGGACUCCAAGAUCCCGCCAGCUGUUGAUAAUGCUGCUGCUGCUGCUGCCGGUAGUAGCAGCAGCGGCAGUGAUGCUGGUCACAGCGCAUCCAAUGCCGACUACGGUGUCUACCAGGCGACACAGGUCAACGGUUCCGAUGCCCGAGAGGGCUUCAUCUACAAUCUGAACGCCUCCUUUAACUACCAGGUGGUUGUUUAUGGCGUCAAGUUUGAUAAUGGUGUCCGUCGGAUUACGCGCUUCUCCGAACCGUUUGAUGUGAUACUUCCACCUCCGCCUCGUUCGCGAUUCAGUCUCAUGAGCGCCUUCAUGAAUAACAAGGUGAUCUUCAUCGCUCUAGGCUCGCUGGCCCUUCUGAUGCUCCUCAUCAUUCUUAUCCUCAUUGUCAUGUGCAUCUGGCGCCAACAGAAGGACCGCAGGCGUCAACGUGUCAAACAAAACCAAACCGUAUCGUGGCGCAUCUCUGGAUGGGAUUCAGACUUAGAGGUGUUCAGUCUUAAUCCCUCAGAUGGUAGCUCGACCAGGCUCAUGUGCCAAAUGUCUGAACCUGCGGUUCCUCGUACUAAACAGGAUUAA